GAAGAAUGGGCCUAAAAACUACCGGAUUCGAUUUCCACGCCACGCGCCAGUAGGCAGUAGAGGAAAUCGUCACGACGGACAUCUGGCACUUGUCUUCUUCUAUUGCCUAAACAUUGGGGUCGUCGUCUCCGCCCCCCUCUGUUGCUCUAUUGCUGCUUGCCAUAAUCAACUCUUCGGAUCACUUGCUCAGCACUCAGAUCCGUCCAUAAUCUUCCCCGACUAACUUUCAGUCUCAGUAGCAGAUUGGAAGCCUUUUCUUAAAAUUUGUAAUCAUGAUUAGGGUUUUGACCUCUUGAAUUUAAUCAAUUUGCAUAUCUAUACCGUGCUAACUUGCACGUCAAUGCUCUGAAUAAUUCAAAUCGGAAACAGUGAAUUUAGGGCUCUGAGAGUGGAAAUUGAUUUGAUCGUUAGCAGGCAGCAGCAUGAAUUACAUUUUAGGAGCUUUCAAGCCGGCUUGUAAUAUUUCAAUCUCAUUUGCCGAUGCCAAAACUCGCAAGCAGGUUCCAUUAAAGAAGGAAAAUGGUCAGACAAUACUGGUCCCCCUCUUCCAAAGUCAAGAAAACAUUGCUGGAAAGAUUUGUUUAGAACCCUCGCAAGGAAAGAAGGUUGAACACAAUGGUAUCAAAAUAGAGCUCCUUGGGCAGAUCGAGAUGUAUUUUGACCGAGGCAACUUCUAUGAUUUUACCUCCCUUGUUCGUGAACUGGAUGUUCCUGGUGAAGUGUAUGAAAAGAAAACAUAUCCUUUUGAAUUUUCAACGGUUGAAAUGAUGUACGAGACAUACAAUGGAGCAAACGUGCGACUUAGGUAUGUGUUAAAGGUGACCAUCAAUCGUGGUUAUGCUGGCAGCAUAGUGGAAUACCAAGAUUUUGUGGUGCACAACUACACCCCAGCUCCAGACAUCAACAAUAGCAUUAAGAUGGAAGUUGGAAUCGAAGACUGCCUUCAUAUCGAGUUUGAGUACAACAAAAGCAAGUAUGAUCUAAAAGACGUGAUCAUUGGGAAGAUAUAUUUUCUGCUUGUUAGAAUAAAGCUGAAGAAUAUGGAUCUUGAGAUCAGAAGACGGGAAUCCACUGGUUCUGGGGCUAACACUCAUGUGGAGACAGAAACCCUAGCAAAGUUUGAGCUCAUGGAUGGAGCUCCUGUCAGAGGUGAGUCGAUUCCAAUCAGGCUGUUCCUGAGCCCAUAUGAACUCACACCAACACACCGCAAUAUCAACAACAAAUUCAGUGUGAAAUAUUAUUUGAAUCUGGUGCUUGUUGAUGAAGAAGAUCGCAGGUACUUUAAGCAGCAGGAAAUCACAAUAUUCCGGACUCCGCCUCAAUCCCCCUGAUUCCGCUUGCUUCAUUUAGAAUCUCAUACAUACUCUGUUAACAAAACACAUUUUUCAUUUGUAUAGGUAAAAACAUUUGUGUUUAUUCUUUUUUUUUUUUUUUUGAUACUUUUGUCUUUUAACCGUUUCUUAUUGAGAUUAUUGUUGUUAAUGAAUAUGAUGAAACGGCAAGUUAAUCAUUUGUAAUUGUUUUAAACCAACAAUUUGGCCCUUUUUUUA